AUGUUUAUACAGCGAGUACUUCAUCUUGCCAUAUCUCUUGGCGUCUGCCUCAAUCUAUCUCUGGCCAGCCCUAUCGACUUGGAAGAGCUGGGCAUCCAGCCUGAGCGUCGUGCAGAUUCAAGUCUAGUUGGCUAUCUCGGAGCGAUCUUUCUAGGGGCAGAUCCUUAUAUAUAUUUCUACCUCAGCUAUAACAAUGAUCCCCUUUAUUACAAGAUCUUGAGAAGGGGACUGCCUAUUCUACAACCGACAAAAGGUACCGGUGGUGUGAGGGACCCCUACAUAGUACAGGGUGGUGGGGGCGAAGCAGGUCAAAAGUGGUAUAUUAUAGGCACCGACUUGGAUAUCGGGAAGACAAGUUGGGAUGCGGCGCAACGAACUGGCUCAAGAGGAAUAUUCGUCUGGGAAACUAGCGACCUAAUCAAUUAUACCGAAGACCGCCUUGUAAAUGUAGAAGAUUCGAGCGCUGGUAUGGUCUGGGCUCCCGAGGCAAUCUGGGAUGCUUCAAAGAACCAAUACUUGGUUCAUUGGGCCUCUAAAUUCUAUUCCGCAUCUGAUAGCAAGCAUACCGGCUCACCGUCGAACAUUCGGAUUAGAUAUGCGUACACGAGCGACUUCAAGACCUUCAGCAAGCCGCAGACGUACAUCGACUACGCACCGACCAAUAUUAUCGAUCUUGAUAUCCUGCCUCUUGACUCGGAAGGGAAGAAUUAUUUGAGGUUCAUGAAAGAUGAAACUGCGAAGACGGUAUUCGCAGAGUAUUCAACGUCAGGCCUUUUCGGAACCUGGACUCGUGCGGGAGGAAGUAAGGGUACCAUUGCGUCUGGUGUCGAGGGACCUGCUGCGUUUCGCGAUAACGAGGAUGAAAACAAAAUCCAUGUCCUUCUGGAUUUCUAUGGUGGGGACGGAUACCGGCCAUAUGAGAGCACGGAUCCAAAGGGGAACAAAUGGACCGCGAGCGACCGAAACCAUUUCCCUAGUAACAUGCGGCAUGGAAGCAUUCUACCUCUUAACGAAACCUUGUACAAUGCCAUUGGCCGGAAAUGGUGGGACAUCGGACCCAUCAGUUCGUGA